AUGAAGUGGACGGCCGCCACGUGCUGGGCGCUGCUGCUCGCGGCCGCCUUCCUGUGCGAUAGCGGCGCGGCCAAGGGCGGGCGCGGCGGGGCGCGGGGCAGCGCGCGGGGCGGGCUGCGUGGGGGCGCGCGCGGGGCCCCUAGGGUGCGCGUGAGGCCGGCGCCUCGCUACGGUGCCGCGGGCUCCUCGCUGCGCGUGGCGGCGGCCGGGGCGGCGGCGGGAGCGGCCGCGGGCCUGGUGACGGGCUCCGACAGGACGAGGGCCGCGGGGCCCGGGGAGCGCGGCCCGGAGGACGAGGACGGGGCGCCCGGCGGCAACGGGACCGGCCGGGGCGUCUACAGCUACCGGGAGUGGACCUCGGGCGCGGGGCCCACGCGCGGCCCGCGGCCCUGCCUGCUGCUGGGCGGCGCCCUCGGCGCCCUGGGGCUGCUGCGGCCCUAG